UAGUUCUAACGUUGAAAGAGCUUAAGGAUGCAUUUCUUUUGAAGGAGGAAGGAAAAGGAGUUUCGAUGCAACUACUUAAUUCGUAACGUAUAUAAGUCGUGGGGACACCAAAAUACCUCUCUUCUCUGUCGUCGCAAUAGAGCAGUUACGAUACUGCUUCCAAGGAAUACUCUUUUCACCAAAAGCAAAAAUCCCUUUCGUGGCCGGAGGAAGAUAAACGGCGAUACAGUCUGAAAAGAUAGUUGGUCGUGUGCUAGUGGAAAACCUCUUUGAUAGAGCAGGGGAAGUCCCCAUUGGGCAUAGUAGCUCACGUUGUAUUGAGGCAGAUUCUCCAUCCAGGAAUUCCAGUCUUUGACUCGGGAAACGAAGAAGGCCGCCCUUAGACCGGAGUCCUUGGGCACCCUAUAUACCCACCCCCGAAUGGACAGGUAGCCAACCAACCUGGCGGGAGUCGGCGGCAGAAGUGCCUGCUUGGUACGGCUAAACACUUCUCUUUUCUUAUUUUUUAUCCACAAUUCCUGGCUCCCUUUCUUAAUUGGGUAGACUUGGGCCAUUGUGCAAUUACCAUCCUUUGUGCGACCAGGCCCCACGGGAAUCGCCUUGAAGAUGUCCACCCCUUUCUUAGAAAAAUGGAAAGAAAGGUGCUCAGCGACGACUGCCCCUUCUACCUUUACUUUUUUGCCACUCUGUCUCUUUGGAGCAUCCGUUUCCUCAUAUUAUCGAUUCAUAAAGGUCCAUGAAAGGAAAGAAGACCGCUUUCCCUUGCUUCGCACCUCGUCAUAGCCCUGAAAAGCUCACCCGGAGUUCUAGUUAGAGAAUGGGGUAUGAUUCACUACUUGCCUACUGCUACCUGGGUCGUGAGAUCGAAGAAGGUAUACUAUUAGACAAGGUUCAUUCCAGCUUUGCUGCUCUUUUUCUUUUGAUUCUUUCUGUUUCUGUUUACUUGAGCUAAUUCUUUACUUGCUUUCGAGCUAACUUGGCGGAAUGGAAUCACAGCAAGAGACAGGGCUAAUGGUUGGUUCUGUCUACUAUAUUUAGUAUGAUUUUUAUAUCUUCGACCUUAAGAGGCGGUUUACGAAAGAGAGAGAGCUCGUGGAAGACUUGAGAAAUGGAAAUAUCUUUCCAUUUCUUCCUAACAGGAUGCAAUGCAGGUACUGUUUAGUUUAGUAAAGAAGGAACAAUCCUCGUAUUGGAACCGGUCGAGGAAUAUCCCUCACCCUCGUAUUUGAAAAGAAGUGAAUCAAAUACAAUAGUAGGUAGGAAAGAAAAGCCAUCCUUUGAGUAGUAACUUUACCAACCAAGGUAGGGAUAGUCGAGAGCAGGAUGCCGGCCUUAUUCUGUUUAGAAGAAAUGAAAUUGAUUCACCGGCAAAGAAACGACUACUGCGAGCAGGAGCGAUGCAACCGACGGGAGGACAAUCCUAAUUGGAUUGGCGGACUAGUGAAAUUCAUGUAAUUUAGAGUUGGCAAUGGGAGCUGGUGAUAAACAGGUAAGGAAGCACUCGACGAAUAGUGACAUUUAUGAAUGCAAAGCGGGGCCAAGGCAGAUAUACGGAUCAGGGGUAUAAGCUAAAACAAGCAGAAGCAAAGCCGACUUCGAACGGGGAUAAUCGAUAAGGCAAGGCAGCCCUCCGGUCAUAGGAUUAACGGAUUAGCUGGAAAAGUCAUAUGCCUCGGAGAGCAAGGGUGGUACACCAGGAACUCGGAUUGCGAUGCUCCGGAGAAAGUCAUAUCGGUUUAGUUUCGAUCAUAUAUGAUAUUUAAAAGAAAGAAGGAUCUGCCAAUGGUACAUUGGUGCAUUGGGGAUUUCCAGGAAGCAGGUCGAAUCGGAGCGGAGCUGAGGCCCCGGAUGCUGAUUAGCGAAAACAAGAACUAGCCCCGCAGGGCAGGACCAUAUUUUGUAGUAGUAGCUUUUCUCACUGGUAAAGCUGGAUAGGUUAGAGGAUGUGAGCUAGCAGCAGCAAGUUAAGUAAGGGAUAAGAUUGGUCCCUCUGUGUCCGGAAAGAUACCUUUCUGAUCGCGACUUCGGUUACGCACAAGAAGAUGGGAGCUAUUGGCAAAGGUAACCACCAUCACUAGGCAACCAACAUAUGCUUUUCCAAAGCCAGAACUAGGAUAGCGAGCUGGAAAGGAGAAGUGAACUGGUUGAGAGGAAGAAUCAAGUAGAACCGAUAGAAGCUCUUGUUGCCUUAUUUGAAUAUGGACCAAUCGACAACCUUUUCUUUGAAAAAAAAGAGGAAUCAUGUUUCCGACCUUGCCACCGGACUGUUUGAUGGAGCGGGGAGCCUGUAACAACUAGAACAGACAAGAAGGCUUGCCAAGAAUAGACGAAGGCCCUUAGCCGAGGAGCAAGAAAACGGAUGUGCGAACAGAGAACCUCUUAAGGUCUCUUACAGAGAAGAUUCUUGCCUGGGUCUUCGGUUCCGAUGUUAGUCCAGUGGCAGUUGCCUGUCAUAUAGUGGGUUCUUCCAGCGAGAGAAUUGAAAAGCAAAGUGAAGUUUAUCCAGAAGUUGACCCAAGUUUUGUCUGCUCGUGAGAAGACGGAAGAGGAACUUUCUGAACUGCUCGGGCAGGGUCACCAGUUGGCAAAUAGCAUUCGCGCCUCCCAUCCGCACGUGAGAACUUGGAAAGCUCAACUGGGCUCGAAGCACACUUUCGCAGACUGAUCUGCUUAGACUUCGGGCGUUGGGGCUUAAAGGGAAACCACGCAAAGCUCCGGUGAUCCACUCUAUUCUAUGGCAACCUCCACCUCCUGGAUGGAUUCAAGUUAAUACAGAUGGAUGCUCGAGAGGUCAGCCAGGACCGGAGGAAUCUUUCGAAACUGCAGAGUGUACAUGGAUGCUUUGCGCUUUCGUUGGGCAGCGGAUUCGCAUAUCAGGCAGAGUGGGUUGGGGACGGCUAUCGCUAUAGCACACUCCAAGGGCUGGAAAUACCUCUGGAUCGAGUCAGAUUCAACAUAUGUUGUUUUUUUAUUAAUAUUAAUAAGUCAAUGGCAUCUAGGUAAAUUGCUUACUCUUGCUGUGACUAAUAGUUGGCCUAUUCGCCAACUCGAUGUAAAUAACGCGUUCUUGCAGGGUUCUUUAACUGAUGAAGUAUUCAUGGAACAACCACCUGGGUUUUCAGACUUUUUGACUCCUGAUUAUGUUUGCAAGUUGCAUAAGCCUAUUUAUGGCCUUCGGCACUCGUGCUUGGUAUAACGAGCUUCGUACCUUUUUAGUAUAUGAAGGAUUCCUCACAUUCCUCAUUGUUUAUACUUAACUCCCCAUUUUAGGUUAGGUUAUUUAUAUACUAGUUUAUGUUGAUGAUAUAAUCAUCACUGGAUCCGCAGCAGCUGAAGUGAAUGCUUUUAUCUCUACUCUUGCCAAACGAUUCUCUAUAAAGCCAGCUUUCUUAUUUCCUUGGAGUUGAAGCUCACUACACUGCUAAUGGCUUGUUCUUAUCUCAAAGGAAGUAUAUCAGUGACCUCUUGCAUCGACUUAACAUGGCUGAUGCCAAGGCUGUCUCAACGCCUAUUGCUACUACUGAAGUGCUUAAAUUAUCAGAUGGCUCGCCACCGGCUGAUCCAAAAUUAUACCGUCAAGCUCUUGGGUCCUUACAAUAUCUCUCUUUGACUCGUCCUGACGUCUCCUUUGCCAUCAACAAGCUCUCUCAGUUCAUGCAUUGCCCAUCCACACUUCAUUGGUGUGCUGUAAAACGCCUCCUCCGAUAUCUAGUUGGCACUCUUGACUAAGGUCUCUUGCUCCGUAAGAAUUCUCCUCGCACUCUUCACGCAUUUGCAGAUGCCGAUUGGGCCGGUGAUCCUAAUGAUCGAACUUCCACUUCAGCUUAUGUUGUUUUCCUUGGAGCCAAUCCUAUCUCUUGGAGUUAUAAAAAGCAAAAGACAGUUGCUCGAUCCUCCACCGAAGCCGAAUAUCGGGCCAUUGCCUCCACUGCCGCUGAAGUCAAUUGGAUCAUGAAUCUUCUUCAAGAGCUGAAAGUUCCAAUCUCACCCACUCCAGUCAUCUAUUGUGACAAUGUAAGUGCCACUUAUGUUUGCGCCAACCCCGUGUUCCAUUCUCGUAUGAAGCGCAUUGCCAUUGACUUCCAUUUCGUUCGAGAUCAAGUUGCUACUGGUAAAUUGCGUAUUUCUCAUGUUCAUACUUCUGACCAACUUGCCGAUUCACUUACUAAGCCCGUGCCUCGCCGGCACUUUUAAACUCAUCGGAACAAGUCCUCAAUGGCCAGCCAAUCUUGCGGGGGCAUGAUUCAAUUCUAAGCUAAACCCAUUCAACUGCUGUAAAAAGGUCUGAGCCCUGCGUUGAUAGAAAGAGCGCUCUUUUCAUGAAACUAGAAAUCUCGUAAGAGAAGAAGUGAGAAAUCGGAUCGACAAAGCACCAUUUCCUCCGCUCAAGGAAAAUCAAUGCCGAAGACUGACAACCAACAUCGAUAGGUAUUACAGUGCCUCUGAGUUAUCUCGUACUCGCGGUUUGACCUACCCAACCAGCAACUGAAGUGGAAGACUGACUGACUCAGGUGUUGGCUUUUAGCUCACCUGCCAGUCAAUAUUCUUAUUAGACCCGUGUGACAAUGGUGUUUCCAACACAAAAAGUAUGGUAUACUCAAGUAAAGUACUAGCUUCACCGGAAAAACAACUGUAACUCAUGUGUGAUCGCGGAUUCCACGGUAACUGUUUGUUGUAGUUCCAGCUCUACAUUAGGAGCAUAGGGGCUCUAUCUACAUACAGAGUUUGACCCACGGUACGGCUGAAAAAGGUAAGCCGGUUAAGUGCUUUAACCAUUUAGUCAAAGAGACUGAGCGAGUGAAUUGGUUUUCUGUUUUGUCAGCGGAUCUUACGAGCUUUCAUAGAAAGCAUACUAUACUAUAUAUUUUACCGCGUACAAGGACAAGUGGUGGCACGACACGGAAAGUAGCAUCCCCAUAAGGAUGAAUUGUUGGUUCAAAUCGGAUAAUCAAUCAAUAGGGAAAAAGGAAGGGAUUACUGUAAGAUGGAAUGCUCGCGUCGGAAUUCAUUCUUCUCGUUACGGUAGCCUAAGAGCAUUCAAGAGCUCAGUUAGAGCCUCUCAAUUGAUAGAGGCAUGUUCAUAUGAAGCGCUACGCAUAUCUUAUUUUACCAAAAUAGGGUGGGGCUGGUAAUUGAAGAUCUGGGAUCUAUCAGUCAAAGUGGACUACUAAAAAAAACUUCUGUUGCAAGGUAAUUUUUUUUUAAGUCUAUUUAGCUUCUUCGUAGAAAGAAGGGAUUUGCUGCUUUCUUAGUAACAAUAUUCUUAUGCUAUCUGGCUAUCGAGAAGAAGAAUGGUUAAAAAAAAGGGAAGAUAAACAAACAAUUUCUCUCCCUUCCCCUAAUCUAAUGGAAAACUUUCCCGAAUCUAAAGGAACUAGCCGUAAGAUAAGAUAAAGAGGUGGUCGAAUACGGCCACUCAUCCGCUUCCUAGCCGUAACAGAUGGAAUUGGAAUCUCACUUAAUGAAAGAUGCACUAUGCUUCAUUCAAUUGGACAGCUUUGCCCGUCUCUGGACUGUACUCUUUCAGAUUCGGCAAUGGAUCUUUUUUUUUUACCCUUCUGGGGACUAGUCUAAUUCUUAAUUAGCAAUCUAAUCUUGAAUAAUAUCAAGCAGUGUUCCACAAUAGCCUGUGCCGUGACCCAUCCUCCUGUGACACUGACAGUAGCAGGAAUUGUUUUCAGCACCUGGAAAAGGUUUUUAAUCGGAGUCAGGCAACUCGAGAGCUCCAAAGGACAUAAGAACUUCAAACAACUUUUCAGUGUGAACGAGAUAGAAAUUGUACUUCUUUUGCUCUUUAUGUUCUUUGCCCUUAUUCUUCAUCUACUGUGGUUGUGGUACAAACUUUUUUGAAACGUCUGUCACGACUUAGUUUGAGCGGAAUGAGAUAGCUUUCACCUCUUUCUCCAAUAUCCAUAAAUUCUGAAGCUCGUUCUAUUAACUGCGCAAAUGUCGUUAUCCCGACAGGAGCAAGAGGAAUUCGAAAUUCAUAAUGCAAUCAAAUAGAGACUUGUUUUUUGGGAAUAGGCUCCGAACAUUGCAUCGCCAAGAGUCUGAAUCGAGCAAUGAACUCCUGGGCUUUCUCUGUCGGUUCCUGGAUGCAUUUCCUCAAGUCGUCAGUAGUGACUGACUUCUUUCUUUGGAAGGUCGGAAUCCGCCUGAAUAAAUCGCACAUAUGCUCCCAGGACUUCACGGAAUUAGGAGGCACAGAGGUAGGUAUACCAAGAGAAAGCUAUGUGGGUAAGCGACGAGGGUUAAACCUAAAUAACAAGUUUUAGUUUCCAGAAGUAUCUCCACGCUGAGCGAUGAACCUCGCCAAAUGCUCUUUUGGUCCAUCUUUUAGGUUCAAUUUGGGCAAUAUGUAUCCCGUGGCUCGUAGUCAAUCUCUGGAGGAUAUGGAGGAUCAUAGGCUAGGUAACCUUUUCACUAUUCAUUUAUAAAGGUACCUUCAAGUAACCAGGUCUCUUCAUCCUUAUUGGGCACUCCCACAAGAGACAAUUCUUUUUAGCCUCUAAGAGACAACAAGAAGAGCCUAACCAGGACCUUGAGAUAACAGCCCAUAGGGUAGCCCCUACAGAGCAAAAAUCUAAGGCCGGAAUACCGGAGUUCUUUCUUUGCUUCCAAGAACAUAGAUUCCUUCUUCAACCCAGGUCAUGACCGAGGGCGGGUAUCUCACUCGCAUAUCUAGAGCCCAGCAUCUCUCCUGAACGACACCUUCCGCAGACUCUACUGGUGGUAUUUCCCGAGGCGAGGGGUGCAUCCAUAUCGGUCAGGAAACGACAAUGACUCUUCUUCUUCCGGGUCCGGGAAGCUAUGGGCACCUCACAAUUCUUAGACGACAUUAGUGGAAGCGAACAUUCGUAGCAUUCAUUGUCACCGAUCAUUGAAAAAAGAAGCCGUACGAGGUUUAGAUUUGGCGGCUAUAGACUCAAAGGGCACAGACAGGCUGCUGGUACAGUUUUUUUAGCUAACUAAAGUCCAACUUCCUUUGCCGAAAGAGGAUGAAACGGAUCAGCCGAUUCAACUUAGCAUUACCCGACUCGUAACUUCAAGCACAACCAUCCAUCUCAAUCCAAAAUCUCCGAUCGUCUGUGAUCCCUCCUCCGGUUUUGGAUAUAUAGACAGUGCCUGCUCUCAAACCAACCAAGACAGCAGCAAGUUCCUAUCGAGAACAAGACGACAGAUCAAUAUGACCAAUUUAUCUAAGGUGAAUACGUGAAAAAGUGUUGCUUAGCUCAGUGAAAUGGAAUAAGGAAGAGAAAGUGUAGUGUGAUAAGGGAAGAAUUUUUAGGUUUUCAAGCAGAUAGAUAUACAAACAAGAAGAAUUCACAUCAGAACCCUUUCCUGCUUCCCUUUUUUACCCAUCGGACUCACAUUUUGAUCUCCUACGCUUGCUUUCACAGUCCCCCUACGAGCAGCCCGGAAUCAAUGAAGGAGUUCAUUCAGCACCGAGCCGAGCGAGCGUAGAUUCAAUAUGUUGAUUGUACCGAACGAAGGAUUUGCCUUAUCACGAAAGCCACAUUCGUUUCGUUUGAGGAAGUCACACGUCCUGUUCCCUAUAAAUAAGGAGAUUCAUUCUUUUUUUCAGAAAUCCCCUCUUCUUCCUCCUCAAGCCCCUAUCACAAGACCAAGCGGAUCUCAUCCUGCAGAAGACUCAGAGCGGAUCUAUCUAAUGGCAUGGCUGGCUGUCGGAUGUGAUCUAUUCUCGUGUCACAUCGCUUUCUUUCUUCUCCCUCCAUUUUCUUCACUACUACCGCUCCUACACAUAAAUCAAAGAAGCAUUGUGGAAUAGUGGCAUUUCGUUAAUGGCGAAAAUUUUCUUAGUGAAAGGGUUGCCUGCGGCAAACUCAGAGCGGUCUCUGAAAGUGAAUAGGAGCAUAGCGGUAUCAUCCAAGCCAAACACGUCUCCUCAGUCAAGGGUCUUCUCGCGCAAAGAAGAUCAAAAACAUAACAACUGAUUUCGCUUAAUGCAUGUCACCCACCCGCUCUCAAUACAGCAAGUGACUCUCUCUCACAAGACAGAGAAAGAUUACCGAUUCACCCAAUUUGAUCAGAAGUGAGUUCAUUGUUGUUGUAUAGCGAAACCUUUCCUUGACAAAACCAUUCUCAGCUAAUAGAAGCCGAGCUAUCUAUCGGUUGAACGAAGCGAAUGGAAAAGCCAAAGAAAACAGAAAUCCAUUGCGAUUAGAAACCUGUGACUCUACAGCCAGGGCUCGAUGGCGAUGUAAGAUAGAAAGAAUGGGGAGUUAGGGCUUCGGUUUCCUCUGUGGCCAGUUCCAAUUCCAAAUCAUUUGCCGACAUGCGGACUCACUUCUCUUUUAUGGGAUGAAAGCCCUUGUCUAUUUACGUGGGUGAAUCAAGUACAACAAGUCAGGUCAGAGCUUGUGGUAGAAGAUUGGGCUCUGCUACGCAGAUCCACUCAACUAGGAAAGAAGUACGCAUUGCUGACUGACUGUUUGAACGAUCCUAGUUACUAGUAAGUAGCUAAUCAAGUCAGAGUAGGGUGGCCGAGAAGCUUCUUGCCGGUGCCCCCCAAAGCAAAGCACAGACUCUACUCACCCACGCGUUUUCCACCUACGGAGGGAGAAAUCAUCGAAAUAUCCUCAUCCCCUGAAAGGGAACCCGAAAACAGGACGAGAGUGGAUAGGGUGACUAAGGAGGUAGUCAAAAUUAGUAGUGAAUUUUGGAAAGAGAAGAUUACAAAAAGGCGAGAGCAGCAUAAUCGUUAGUUAGGGGUAAGAGGGGACGGGCCCGUAUAGAAAGUAAAUCCUUCUUUUUCCGAUAUGCCGCUCCGCAAGCAAGGAGUGCCACGCACGAGCGGAGCGAAAACUAAGCAAGGGGAAUUCCGGCAUUCCAUGGAAAGCAUGCGAAAUCCUUUGAUUGUUUAUAGAAUCAAAAUCACUAUAUAGUCUUUCUUGUUCCACUUGCAAGGCAAGGAAAAAUAAAAUGUCAGUUUCGUUAUUACAACCUUAUUUUUUUAUGUCAAAGACAAAAAGCUACGCGCAAAUUCUCAUUGGAUCUCGGUUGUUCUUAACAGCGAUGGCUAUUCAUUUAAGUCUUCGGGUAGCACCACCAGAUCUUCAACAAGGUGGAAAUUCUCGUAUUUCGUAUGUACAUGUUCCUGCGGCUCGGAUGAGUAUAGUUAUUUAUAUCGCGACAGCUAUAAACAGUUCCUUGUUCCCAUUAACAAAACAUCCCCUUUUUCUUCGCUCUUCCGGAACCGGUACAGAAAUUGGUGCUUUUUCUACUUUGUUUACGUUAGUGACUGGGGGGUUUCGGGGAAGGCCUAUGUGGGGUACCUUUCGGGUGUGGGAUGCUCGUUUAACUUCUGUAUUCAUCUUGUUCCUUAUUUACCUGGGUGCACUGCGUUUUCAAAAGCUUCCUGUCGAACCGGCUCCUAUUUCAAUCCGUGCUGGACCGAUCGAUAUACCAAUAAUAAAGUCUCCAGUCAACUGGUGGAAUACAUCGCAUCAACCUGGGAGCAUUAGCCGAUCUGGUACAUCAAUACAUGUUCCUAUGCCCAUUCCAAUCUUGUCUAACUUUGCUAACUUCCCCUUCUCUACCCGUAUCUUGUUCGUUCUGGAAACACGUCUUCCUAUUCCAUCUUUUCCCGAAUCUCCCUUAACGGAAGAAAUAGAAGCUCGAGAAGUAAUACCACUAAAAACCUAGUUCGCUCUCAAAUAAAAACCUAGUUCACUCGCUAAAGCAUCCAUGGCUGAAUGGUGAAAGCGCCCACCAACCUAGAAAGGCUAAAUGGGUAAAAAAGUAGGUUCGAUUCCUGCCGGAUGCACUGCCUCUUAAAGACAGAAACAGAGGAGGGAAAGAAGGUAGUAUAGGGAACUUGCUUUUGGAUUCUUAUCGAAAGUGAAUCCCUCUAACACUUCAGUUAGUGUUUUAUGAUAAAAUCUUUGACACAACAAGUGUUAAAAUCUUAGUCACUAGGCAAGAAUGGAAAGAGCUUCUUUACCUGCUUGAGAGGGGAGUCAAACAGAGUCUGAGGAAGCAUAGCUAUAGCAACGUAGUGUUUGAGAAAAGUGUGCCUGGAGUAAUAGGCCUGAGAGCUACCCGCGCAACUUUAAGAGUUAACUUCUAGAAUAACCGGGAAAUUUAUUUUAGUAUAACUCUAAUUCUAAUUGUGGGUGGUUCGUUACUUUUUAAGUGGUAAGCAAGUGAUCCUCACAAUUCGUUUUACCUGACUCUACUCUAAUUGUAAGAUAACUAGAAAUAGGAGAUGAGAAAGUCGAGUAGCAGCACUGAUGGGAACAUUUUUUGAAACUAGAAUGGUUGAUAAUAGGAGACUCGCGUUGUAGGUAAGGCUUUUCAAAAGCCUCGACUUGGCUAACGCCCUUUGGUUUUUAGGAUCAAUUUGCCCGUGCUUGCUGGUGUCAGGGUUGCAGAUAAGUUGUUUCGGUGCCAUUUCCUUUGUUAUGAAUGAAAUUUUGGAGCUCAGUUGAUACCGAAUUUGAAGAUAAGCCCUUCCCUCUCGUGAACACCUUCGUUUAGUAGAUCGGUACGGUUCCAUUCAGAAGAAACUAUUAUACGUGGUCCCGUGGAGUACGAAUAAGGCUUUAAAGUCUUCCUUCAUAUUGUUUGCUAGCUUCCUUCUCCUUGUUUCCUGCCUUUCAUUCUUUAUGAAAUUCUUAUUUAUUUUCUUUGCUGACUGACGUUACACCAAGAAUUUAUUUAAUAGCGUAUAUAUAGCCUGGGCAUCGAUACCAGCCUUCCGUUCGCAUGAUAUUAAGAAAGUGCCUACUACUCAAUUUCAAUUCAAUUUCGCAUUGGCAAAUCCUUCCACUUGCUAUCUAAUGUAGUAUAUGAAGCCUUUCUUUUCUAUUUCUUCUAUUGGCUUGGCUGGUCUGGGGGAUGCGGAUCACGCGAAGAUCUAUAGUGUUUAAGUACAUCUUUCUCUUCCUGCAAGCUACUGAGAUAUGCCUCAGCUGCAGGUGCUUUGUAUCUCUGGUCAAGAGUUGGCAAGGGAUACCAAUGUUGUCGACCACCUACUUUUGAGCAUAGCUUUUACCAUAUUCCUCCCUCGAUUCGCCAUUCAUUCCUUCACAGCUGAGUCAAUAGCUGUGUCACUGACUGAAUGUAGUUCUUUUUUUUAAAGAACGAGGCCGCUAAGGUCAAGGGACCUGAUCCAGAACAUUGAAUCCAACCAUCAGCAUUCGCAAGAAAGAGAAAGAACUCGGUUCAAAGAAUCGCUUCGGUCUAAAAACGAGUCUUCCGAGAUCAUGUCUAUGCGAAGAGCUUGAACCAAGCGUUCACACGCAUACGCCCUCGCCCCUCAGAAGAUUGGAAAGAAUCCAUCAGCGAGGAAAUAGAGUUGUAGCAGCAGUGUCUCCACUAUUUAUUUAUAAAAGUCCCACCCAAGUAAAAGAGUCCGAAGAAAGGCCUUAUAGGAAAGCGUUACCAGGGAUUAGAGUUAGACCACUUAGUAGCACCUUCAGGCUUAUCCAUCCACGCAUGGAAGAUUUAUAGAUCGACGUUCCGGAAUGGUAGAAAACAAAUCAAUUCUAAGUUCUUCUCGCUCCAUUCAUCCACUCGCUGGGAAGGCUAUUUUGAUGCCUCACACAGGCAACUCCGCUAGGCGGCUAAGCAGAUAAGACGGGAUUUCACGUUGAGAACGAAUGUAGAUUCCUAUCAUCAAGAAAGUCGGCUACAUCAAUGAAUUACUUUCCCCUAACAUUGCUAUUCUUAACAACCUAAAUCAAAAAACCUCCUUUAAAGAGCAGAAGAAUCCUUCUUAGAUAAAGCAGCCUGAAGAUAAAUAAGAGCAACUCCUUCAAAGAAAAUGAGAAGGGCCUCUUGAAAUGCCUAUAUAUAAAAGAAGGAAACGUUGUAACUACUUACAAGAAUUAGCUGCGUAUGCAGGUGCAUGCAAUAGUCUUUUAGUAAGGAAGAACGACGGGAUUCCUUGGAAAGCUGGUAGUUCAUUUCACUCUGUAUCGAAAGUCCCAGUAUAUUAUAUAUCUGUGUACAUCCAUCAACAAAUCUAACAUUUCUUAUCUUACAUUGAAAUCGAUAAAGACUAAUAAGAUGCAAAACCAGCAUAACUUGUUCUUUGCGAGUACUGUGGGUAGACCGAGGGAUCGAUCGGCAUUUCACUAACCUUUAGAAUUAAUCAAACGUAUGGCUAACCGAUUCCUAGGUCAUAAUUUAAAGCUUCACUUUUCUAUAGCCUUCUAAUUCUAUCGGGCUAACCUAUAGAAGGUUUAUAAAAAAGGUACGGUGCAAUCAGUAAACCUCUUACUGACCGGGCAGGGCAGACCAGAUGAGCGAGAUUGAUUGAAAGCGCUGUGCCAACUUGCUUACAAGAUUUUGAGACUUUAGUUUAGUUUAGUUUAGUUUAGUAAAUCCUCUUCAUAAGUUAUUUCGUACAGGCUAUUCAAGGUCUAUUGGCUUUAUUGCUUAUGUGGUACUUCGACCGCGAAGCCCCGCUUAUGCACCGAGAAAGAUCGUAGAUAGGAAAGAUCUGUUAUGCACCAACGACGGCCCGCCCCUUC